AUGGCGCCGCAGACCGCGUAUGAGCUAGCAAAGUCAUGCAUAGCCCAAUUAUUAAUUUGACACAUAGGGUACAAUGAUUCGUUUUCAUCAGAAGCAUGUCGACGAUAGAUUUAGUCAAAAUCGCGCACGUUUUCUUUUAACCAUCACGGCUCUUGGGCGCGUCCUGUGCUCUGCAGUAUCCACCUAAUUUUGCUACUCGCGCACUGCUCGCAUCCAGAGGGGAGGGAUCUAAGGCUAGAGGGACCCUGCCUCGCGCAGCCUCCGCAAAUCUGUCCGUCCCGUUUGGACGACGAGAAAGGUGAUCGAGGUGGUGACACCGGAGUUCGAGGCGAUGGCAGCCGAUGGAGGAUACCAGGAAACAGUGGAUCAUUACCGAGCCGAGGUGGAAAGGCUUACCCGGGAGCUCGCUGAGGCAAACAAGGAGAAGAUUCGGGCGGCGGAAUGCGGUCUGGUGGUCCUGGAGGAGAAUCAGAACCUGAAGCAGCAGUACGCGGAGCUGGAGUCCGAGCAGGAGACGCUGAAACAGGAGCUGGAGCAACUGCAAGAGGCGUUUGGCCAAGCAUACUCAAACCAGCGCAAGGUGGCAGCAGACGGUGAGACGAAUGAGGAGAAGCUGCUGCAGGAGUAUGCGUCCAGAGAGGCUUACUACAUGGGCCGCCUGCUAGAGCUGCAAGCAGAGCUCAAACUGAGCCGCUCUGUCUGCUCCAAUGCCCAGGCCGAGAGCGAGCGCCUCAACACCCUGCUCCAGGAGCUCAAAGAGAGUAAUGAGAUGCUGGAGCUGCAGAGGAGUAGGUUGAAGGAGGAGGUGCGGGAGUAUAAGUUCAGGGAGACACGACUACUGCAGGACUACACUGAGUUGGAGGAGGAGAACAUCACCCUACAGAAACUGGUCUCCACGCUCAAACAGAACCAGGUUGAGUAUGAGGGUCUUAAACAUGAAAUCAAAGUAUUGGAGGAGGAGACAGUACUACUGAACAGUCAAUUGGAGGACGCGCUGCGUUUGAAAGACAUCGCUGAGGGCCAAUUAGAGGAGGCCCUGGACUCUCUGAAGAGUGAGAGGGAGCAGAAGAACAUCUUGAGGAAGGAGCUGGCCCAGCACCUCAGCCUGAGUGACAGUGUGUAUGGGGCCACCACCCACUUAGCCAUCUCCGCUGUGGAGGGAUUUAGGCUUGUGGAGGAGGCUGCCACUAACAGUACCUCCAUCUCUACCCCUAGCCCCAAAAAUGAGGACAGUAACAGGGGUAAUGGGUGUAAUGGCCUUGGGCCAAAGGUAACCGGUGACUUUCACCGGCCCACUGGGCGGAUGGGAGAAGUGCUGCACCCUGUAUCUGAUCUGUUCAGCGAACUCAACCUGUCUGAGAUCCAGAAACUGAAACAGCAACUCUUACAGGUGGAGCAAGAAAAAGCAGCCUUACUGACCAACCUGCAGGAGUCCCAGACACAGCUCCAGCACACGCAGGGAGCCCUGACUGAGCAGCACAGUCACGUCAACCGCCUCACGGAGCGCGUCAAUACUAUGAAGCGUCUCUGUAGCGACAAGGAGUUGGAUGCCAAAGAAACAGAGAAAGGGGACACUUCAAAUGGCUGCCGAGAGUACGAGAUAGGUAUAAACGGCUUUGAGAUACUGGAGUGUAAGUAUAAGGUAGCCGUAACAGAAGUCAUUGACCUGAAAGCUGAGCUGAAGGCUCUGAAGGAGAAGUAUAACCAGUGUGUGGAGAGUCAGUCAGAGGACUGCAGUCGCAGUGAGGGGAAGCUGCAGCUGCUUGACGAACAAGUGGCAUCUCUGGAGAAGGAGGGCCAGGAGAACCGGGAGCAAAUCAGCAGCUUGGAGGCAGAGUUAAAGAGCGCCUUGGCCAUUGCCUAUGAGAGCCAGGGCAUGCUGAACACUGCUCAGGAUGAGCUAGUUACUUUCAGUGAAGAACUGGCCCAGCUGUAUCACCACGUCUGCUUAUGCAACAACGAGACACCCAACCGCGUCAUGCUGGACUAUUACCGCCAGAGUCGUGUCACGCGCAGUGGCAGUCUGAAGGGCAGCGAUGACCCACGAGCAUUGCUGUCACCCCGCCUUGCCCGCCGCCUUGCAGCUGCUAGCUCCUCCGACUCCUCUAGGGCUCCCCAUGACUCGGCCUUAAAGGAGCCCCUGGGGGAUGGUGGAAGAGGGGAUUCACCCAGCCAGCAGAGCCCCAACAGAACCCCGUUUGGUUCCCCAGUGAACAACACCUCAACUUCAUCUGCCCCAGAAGCAAGUGGGGACCUUCGCAAGGAGCCCAUGAACAUCUACAACCUGAACGCCAUCAUCCGAGACCAGAUCAAGCACCUGCAGAAGGCCGUGGACCGCUCUCUGCAGCUAUCGAGGCAGAGGGCUGCUGCUCGGGAACUGGCGCCCAUCUUCGACAAGGACAAAGAGGCCUGUAUGGAAGAGAUCCUCAAGCUCAAGGCCCUUCUCAGCACCAAGAGAGAGCAAAUCGCCACUCUGCGCCUUGUCCUUAAAGCCAACAAACAGACUGCAGAGGUGGCGCUGGCCAACCUGAAGAGCAAGUACGAGAAUGAAAAGUCAAUGGUGACUGAGACGAUGAUGAAGCUAAGGAACGAGCUGAAGGCACUGAAGGAGGAUGCAGCCACCUUCUCUUCCCUCAGGGCUAUGUUCGCCACCAGGUGUGAUGAGUAUGUUACUCAACUGGACGAGAUGCAGCGGCAGCUGGCGGCAGCUGAGGAUGAGAAGAAGACACUGAACUCUCUACUGCGCAUGGCUAUUCAGCAGAAGCUGGCCCUCACCCAGCGCCUAGAAGACCUGGAGUUCGACCAUGAGCAGUCCCACCGUGGCCGAGGGGGAAAGGUGGCCAAGACAAAGAGCAGCCCUCCCAAAUCUCUUGUAGAUUGUCAGCAGUCUGCUGCAUCAGUACCGCCACUCUCCCCACAAGUGAAACGUGGGAAAGCAUCUCCAGUUCGCAGUCCAAACACUGUGAUCACUCUUCGAGAGGACCAGCUACCAGAGCUCAGCUCCAGGCUCUCCUGUGACCCUUUCAACUGUUUGGCACAUCAAUCUCAUCUUCAAAGCCAUUAGCCCCUCCCUACAGUCUCAUCUACCCAGGCAUUAGCCCCACCCGCCAAAGGCCUCUCUCCUCCUAUCACUCCUUUUUGUCCAUCAUACUUUGACAAGAAUAAAAAAAAACCAGGGGACAAAGCUUUCAAAGAAACACCCAUCCAAUCAGGUGCUCCUCUUUCUGUGACCUCAGAAGGACCCUCCCUCUUUUAAACUCACACUGGAGGGCCUGAACUAGGAUGCACUUUUUUAUUCUCCUUGAAAAAAAAAAAAAAAAAUCUCUCAAUGAAAAGUGUUAUAUAAAUAUUAUUGACUAUGGCCUAUUUAACAAUUUAUUUAUCAGUCUAGUUAUUUGUUUAUUGUUUUCUAUUUACUUGAAAAUUCUUGCACAAAAGCUUUGCUUGUUUGGUUUUAUUUUUCUUUUGAAACACGUGCAGCUUUGCUGUGGAUGUUAAAUUUGCCUUUUUAAGAACUUCAUCUCAAUAAUUAAAAUAUUGUUUGAUUAAGUGCUUUAAUUUGAUUUGCCUGAGAUUUCAUGUGAUUUUAAUUUCUAAAAUUUGCAUUGAGACUGGAUUGUAGCAAAGGAGGAGUGUGUUCCAGAAAGUGUUCAGAGUGUGUCCUAACUGGCCAUUUAAUGGUCAUGUAAUGUCCAUGCAACGGUCAGGUAAUGAUCAUGUAAUGGUCGUAAAUUAUGCAUAAGAAACUGGUUUGACUUUUAGACAAUGAGCCAAACAAAAAGCUCCAAGUAAUUCCAGAGUGUAAUAAAUGUAGUUUUCAGCAUGUAUGGACACAACCCUAUAUAUUUUACUCUGCAGUGCUUGAGUGACAAUUAAUUUUGACUUAAUUAUGAAUCUUCCCAAGGUGGUGUUUCCAUUACGGUGUUAAUAUUGUCAAAUUUAAUUCAAUCUGUUGUGGCUAUUUACAGAUUGUUUUUAUUUUAAUUUUGCAACACAUCCUUUAAAAAGUUUAUAUUUUAUACAUGUUCUCUUUUCACUGCUGAAAUAGUGGAUUUGUGGGUGUGGAGUUUGACUGCUACUAUAACACUGAAAUAGAUGAUGGGCUGAUUAAGAUGGUGAGCCAGAGCAGGCCCUGAUGGCCCUGUGCUGGAUUACUGGGACACAAAGACUGCUUUUACAUCUGCAAGUCCUGAUGGCACCCCAAAAGGCUAGUGCAGACUUUCAAAGCUUUUGCAUCAUGUUCACACCAAAAAGGUUACGAUGUUAUUAUGGGCGUCCUGAACUCCCCAGUCUGUCUGUCUUGUGCUCACUCUCCUCUAUAUACCCUCAUGACAUAAGCACAAACAUAAUCUGUGUACUACAAUAAUAGUCUGUUCAUUUGGCCGUGUUGCAUUGUUAAACAUACCAGCAGAACUAUUUUCAAUACUCCCUUACAAAAUGCUAAUAAUAGUAAUAAAUGGCCCCACAGUUAGUCAACUGUUAAACUUUUGAUUGACUGCCACUUCCUCAGUUCAUAAGUAGCUGUUGAUGAAGUGGAAUAAUAUUGAAUUUUCUAAUGCUCUACUGACACUCAAAAAAGAGGUUAUAGGAUCAAUGGCCCUAUUCACAUGUCUUCCUAAUGUGUAAGGUAUCACAUCUCUUAGUUUACAUGGAAGGUUGUUAAUCAUUCUCUAUAAGAUGAUUGGCUUCAACUUGAAAUAUUGUGGUUGGUUGAUUUACAUCUGAAGGUAACUCAAGUGAUAUGCACUAAACAGGACAAUCAGCCUUCUUGUUUCUGGUGAAAACAUAGCUGUGACAGCAGGACAUUUUUUUUUUAUUUUGUGUGUGUAUGAGUUCAAUUGUUAUGACUUAUCUCUGUUCAUGGAAUAAAAUACGAUAUUAAGAUUCAAA